AUUCUUUCUUUAGUUCAUUCCAUUCCGUUUGCCCGUCAAACCAAACGCCCCCUUACUCUACUUGCAUUAGUACAAAAAUCGUGAAUAUUCAAACACCAUUCUGUGAUAAAUUGCAAAAGAGGAUAUGAGUUAUGGACACCAACAUUGAGAAAGAUACACCUUGCUCUUCUAUUGCCGUUGAAUCCAUCGUUCGUAUUGGAACAGCAGGAGCACUCUGGGGUUUGUGUUCUGGAUCAUAUGAUGCUAACAAAUUAGGUCUUGCUGGCUAUUCUCGUGCUUCGUUUGUGGCGAAAUCGAUUGGCGUAACUAGCUUUCAAUGUGGAAUGUUUGCUGGGGUUUUUUCCUUAACUCGCUGUGGAAUCCAAAGUUAUCGAGGGCGUGAAGACGUGAUAAAUGCUGCAGCUGCAGGUGCUAUAGUUGGGGCUGCUAUUGCUGUCGGGACUCGUAGCAAGAAGGAGGUUGCUGGGAUGGCUGCUCUUCUUUCCAUCUUAGGUGCUGCAGCUGAUUAUUCCAGGACAUUGUGACUUUUGACAUUAUCUUUCCGAGGAAAUAAGAUGGGGAACUUAUAGGUCGUUUACAAGAAGCCAAGAUUAACGUCGAAGGAAGAAAUUCAAGCUCAGCAACUGAUGGAUUAGCUAAAUUUGCUAGGAGUUAUCCUUGAACCAAUAGCAGAUGUAACUUGCUAACCACUCCUAGAGUGUAUGGACAUAGGUACUUGAUUUUUACUAUAAUUAUUAUUAGAAAUAACUAGUUUUAAUCCCGUGCAAUAUUCUUCACGGUUUGAUUUAAUGAGGUUAGAUGAUUAAAGCAUGGUGUAUGAUAAUGUAAAAGUUAAAAUGUUGCAAUAAGAGGUAAAUAGAGAAAAUAUUAUUUAUAGCAAGUA